AUGCCUGAUAUACUGUCAAACUUGAACAAUCUUAGGAGGUUCUUAUUUGAUAUUCCUUUGAAAUCAAAAUUCAAUUUUAAUGGUGAAGUACGGAAAGAUAUUAGAAGAGAAUUAUUUUUGGCAAUAUCUAAUCAUGGGGAAUACUUAGAUUGGUUUUUUCCAAACGCAUUCAAUAACCAAGAUCAAGACAGAAAUGAUGUAAUAGAGAGGAUUGAUACUGAGUUUGAAUGGCUUUUUAGUAAUUAUUAUAAGUCCAACCUUUGCGAAUCAGAUUCCAAGUACAACACGCAUAAUCAUGAUGCAUUCCAUUCUAACCUGCCAUGUGCAAGGAUAUUCCGCAAAGGAGAACCAAUAUAUAGAUGUUUGACCUGUGGCUUCGAUGAGACUUGUGCAUUGUGUUCUAAUUGCUACGAUCCUGAAUGCCAUCAGGGCCAUCAAGUUCAUAUCACCAUCUGUCAACGAGAAAAUGGAGGUGUGUGUGAUUGUGGAGAUCCUGAAGCCUGGGUUAAAGAUUAUUUUUGCCGUUAUGCAUCGAAGGAUAAAGAAAGUUCAAAUAUGAGAAAUAAAGAGAUACCCAGCGACUUGGAGGAAUCGUUCUUCAAUACCAUAGAGAUCUUAUUGGAUUACGUUAUUGACAUUAUAAGUCAAUGUAAUUCACAAUUCAAUGAUAUAGAGGAUUCAGAAAGCUACCGUAUACAAUUAGAUACGAACUUCAGUAGCUUAAAUCCAACAAAGUAUGGGUACGUGAAUGCAAACAUCGACAAUUUUGAUAAAUAUAGUGAUAAAUACUAUUUGAUGGUAUAUAAUGACCAGGUAAGGCAUUAUAGAGAUAAGGUACAGAGAAUUCAUUUGGCCAGUAGAAAAGUACCACAGUUUGCAGUCAUGGUAGCUGAUAAGGUUCAAAAUUAUGGGAGAGCAAAGGUUAUUAGCUCGAGCGAUAUUAGCUUGUUGCGAGAAAGACAAAACGUAUUAAAAGCUACGGGACUUGCAACGUGCAUAAGGAAUUAUAGAGAUGUGUUUAGGGAAGACAUGUGUAACGAAAUAUUAAUUUGGAUUAAUGCUUUGACUGAAAGUGAAAUGUUUAAAAGCCAUAACAGGGCAAAAGAUUUAUUCUGUAAAGCUUUCUGCGGUAGAUGGAAUAUUGGUUUGUUGAAUUACGCUGAUCAUAACACUAAUUAUAAAUAUAAAGUCGGAACUUUAGACCAAUGCUUAAAGAUACCUAAAAUUCCAUCAAACAUGUACACGAUGUUUGGAGUCUACGAUAAGGCUUCUCAGCCUCAUUGGAAUUUUAGGCCUUCAAAAUGGGAGUUGCAAGAUCAAUUGUGCCACGAUUGUGACUAUAACUUAUCGAUUGAAGACUACUUACCGCAUAAAAGUCACUUGGGCUCUAGAUUGCAAUAUUUCAUUUAUUUGGAUAUCAGAUUUUGGAAAUCUAUAAGGGUCCUAUUGCAUGAUAUGUAUUCAAGUUCCUUAAUAACAAAUUUGCAUUACAAGAAUAUUAUUUCCUGUCAGUAUGUGGAUAUUUAUCCAGCAGUUUCAGACAUGUUUUUAACUAUGGAUAGAGAGCCAGAGCUAAACGUCAUGUGUACACUAUCAACCCAAUUGUUCACAUGUCCGUCAAAUUCUACUUCAAUUGUUCGACAUGGAGAUUUAUCAAGAAUUUUCGCAUCAAUUUAUGGGUUUCUUACCGUCGAAGAAAUUAAAUCCCCUGAGUGUGUUGACAUAUCUCAUGAAAUUUCAAUGAAAAGCUUGAAGAAUAGAAGAUGGGGUCAGAUUUUUUUUGAUAUUGGUUACAUCUUGAGUAGGAGUCGUGACUCAAAGUCAAUAUUUACUAGCAAUAUUAUCCCAAUGGCUUGUGAUAUUUUGGCUUUAUUUCAAGGUAGACCAGUAAUGAAAAGAGAAAGUAAGAAUCACGUAGAGUAUGAAAGCCCAGACUAUACUGCGUUCUUUCAUGCUAUUCUGGUUAUUUACCAAUUUGCAGAAUAUAUUGCACGUAGUCUUGAUAAUUUAAACGAAAUGGAUAACAAUGAGGGAAAAACUUUAUCUAAAAAGGCAAUCGAUUAUGUUACGCAAUUUUUAUUAAGACUAGAAAGUAAAGAUUAUCCGGGGCUAAUUGAUGAAUAUGUGGAUAUAAAUAUUUCAAGUGAGAAGAAGUUCUGCGAAGAAUUAGUCGAUGGUAACAUGGUUCAAGAAUUUUUUAUCGACAGAGAAAAGGUGAGUUUUUUACAUCCGAUUCACUCUUUCUUGUCUUGGCUUAUUGAACUAUCAGACUUAAGUACUCCAACGGAAAUUAAUGAAGUAAUAAACGAUGCGACCAUUGCUUACAAAGACAAGGCAUUGACGUCGUCCAAGCCCUUUGAGAUACAAAAUCCGUUCGCUUCAAUAUUUGAAUACCCUAUAAGAACAAUUGUUCUAAUGUCACAAAUAAAAUCAGGAUUUUGGGUGAGAAAUGGUUUCAGUGUUCGAUCUCAAUUGCAGCUUUAUAGGAAUACAGGACUUAGAGAAAGUGGAUAUUUGCGGGACUUAUUCUUAACUCAAAUAUUCAUAAAUUCUAGUAGCCCUAACCAUGUCUGCCAUUUAUUGUUUAGUCGUUGGCUAUUGUUGGAUGGAUUUGUGAAAGAAAAUCAGGAGGACAAUUUAAGUAUUGACGAGAUGAAAAAUUUACAAGCAUAUGAUCUGAAGACAUUACCAUAUAUGAUAGAGGAAAUUUUAAGUUUCUUCGUUCAUAUAUUAACGGAGGACCUCUACUUAUGUGGUUUGAAUAAUGAGACAAUAAAUGAGAUGCGUAUAAAAAAUGAAAUCAUUCAUAAUUUAUGCUUUGGACCAAUGAAUUAUACUAAGCUUUGUUCGCAUAUACCAGACCAUAUAACAGCUGAGAAAAGAUUUGAUCUUAUAUUAGAAGAUAUUACUAUUUUUACACCACCUAGCGGUUCGAAAGGUAUUGGAAUAUAUAGAUUGAAGGAUGAAUAUUUCGAUCAAAUAAAUCCGUAUUAUUUCAAUUAUACGACCAAUACUAAAGACGAUGCAAUAAAAUUUGUGAAAGAUCGUAUACAUAAGAAAACAUGCAUUCCAAUAUCAGAAGUAGUUAUACCGCCUAAGCAGAGAAGCUCUGAUGAAUUGGAAGUUUAUAAACAUAUUGGAAAUUUCUCAAUAUCGUUAUACUUCCGUGAUUUUUUGAUUAGAACUCUCACGUAUUGUUCAAAUGAGGAUGCUGACAAAAUUGAUAUAAUACUAGAAACUACGCUACACUUGAUACAUAUUUGUUCACUUGAAGAAGCAAUAGACAUUGAGAGAUAUGGAAGCUUCUAUAAUAAUUUUAUCUAUACGUCUCAUAACAAUGACCUAUCAGUCGCUGUUUUAUUGUACAGAAUCGUAUCAGAUGGGAUGUUCAAGGACCAUCACUCAAAGAUUCGUUCUAUAUUUAAAGUGUUUGAAGAUAAAUAUCACAAUUUGAGUAAAAUAUUGAAUGAUCAAGUGAAUAAUUUUGAUCCUAUUAAACUAGAGAUAAAUAUGAAUCAAGAUCUGAAUGAAAAUGAAUUUGAGAGAAAGAAAAGAGUAGCCAAGGAAAGACAAUCAAAGCUUAUGGCAAAAUUCAAGAAACAACAAUCGCUGUUCUUAUUGAAUAAUAAGUUUGAGGCCACAGAUUGCAGUGAUACUGAAAUGGAAGGUUAUGAAGAAGAAGAUGCUGGCUGGAAAUUUCCAGAACCACGUUGUUUGCUUUGUCAAAAUGCAUCAGAAGAUGCUGGACCAUUUGGGAUAAUAACAUAUAUUUCAAAAUCUUCGGAAUUUAGGGAUGUACCGUUUGAUGACAAGUAUUGGUUUUUAAAGUCAUUUUCGGAUUCACAAAAUUUAGAUGAUGAUGAAAACGAGUUGGAUGAAACAAAUUUCAAUGAGCAAUGGAUAAAGUACAUGAAAAAAGUGAAAGAUUCAAAUGUCAUUGGUCCAGGAUUUCCACACAGAGAACACGUCGAUAGUAAAUUGGUCUCUCUGAGUUGUGGUCAUGGUAUGCAUUUCCAAUGUUACAUGAAUUUUUUGAACAGUAAUAGGAAUCGUCUGAAUCAAAUUACUAGAAGUGCUCCGGAGAAUACAGAACAUAAAGAAUUUCUUUGUCCUCUAUGUAAAGCAAUCAAUAAUAUGUUUAUACCAAUCUUAUGGACUUCCAACAAGAGAUCACUCACGAAGUUUUUAAAACCAGCUAAUGAUCUCAACCCAUUUGAAGAGUUAGGUUCUCAAAAUAUUCAUAAUAAGAAUUGGUUUGAUGAUUUCGCAAAGACAACUAAUGCCGAUAUUGAAGAGUUCGUUAAUUUGACACCUGCGGCUAAAGAAAUGAUAGGUCAGAGUUCCACAGUUAAUGCUACCUCAAACCAACAACAUUUUAGAAUGCUUCUAUCCAACAUGUUUCAAAUUUUGUCUUUACUAACGUUCCCUCAAAUUCUAAAAGCCGAUUCAACAAUUUUAUUAGUGAAUACCAUAAAAUCUACCGAAAUUGAAUUGAGAGGUGUUGAUUCUAAUGGUGAACUAAUAAUCAACCAAUUGUAUAAUAAUUCAUUGAUAAAUUUAAGAACUUUGAAUGAAUUUCGCAAUACGAGCUUGUUAAUGAAAAUAAUGAAUUGGAUACCUACUCCUAAUCCAAAGUCUGAUGCUUACGUUAAAAUUUUGGCAAAUAUGUUGACAUUAUCUUCGGAUUCAUUUAACUCUUCCAUCUUAGAAAGAGAUUUCUUUGAAUUAUUGGUUAAUAUAUUCCCAUUACCUAAAUCGGGCUUUUCGUUUAAUUCUAUAUUGAGAAUGUGCUUUUUGGGUCAUAUUAUUCAAAAUCUAUUGACAAUUAGCACUGAGAUUUUAAAGCAGGGCAUUUAUAAAAAUGCAGAUUAUUCUAUCCUUGAUAUUCCUAUAAUACCAAAUAUAAGUGAUGAAAUAGCGAUGUCUAUGAUUGACAUUUUUAAAAAGAUUAAUUAUUCUGGAUCUACACAUUUUGACGAGGAUUGCAUUAAUGAUUACAGGUUUGGUAAAGUUAUCUAUUCAAUGCUAAUAAAAGCAUCGACUCCAUUUUUGAGAAGAGCCGCUAUUUUCUCCUUCAUAAAUUGUGCUGAAAUAGAUUCGAUUGACUUCAGUCAAUAUGACAACUACAGUAACGAGGCAGAUAAAUUAUGCUCUUUUAUGAACAUAGAUAGUUUGAAUGUGCUUUUGCUCAAUAUUUGCAGCUCUGAGGAAACCAACUAUGAAGCACAAAAAUUUAAUAGUUUCCUUCAUUCUUUAAAAUCGUUGAAAACUUCUACGGUCGAACAACUUGAUAUGCGGAAAGCAUUAGAAUAUCCUGGUAUAGUAAAGCUAAUAGAUUUGCCUGAGAGAUUAGACCAUUUUUUUACUAAAUAUUAUUACCUGGACAGAUAUAAUAACCCUCAUAUGUCCAUCGCAGAUCCCGCAAUUUGCUUAUUUUGUGGAGAAGUUGUUGAUGCUCAGAAAUGUGCUAUCGGAAAUAAUGAGGGACAAUGUACUACUCAUUUUAUGAAAGAGUGUUGCAAUUCAGUUGGAUUAUUCUUACUUCCGAAGGAACGCUUUUUUCUCUUAAUGCAUAAAAAGGGAGGCUCGUUUUAUAAUGCGCCAUUUUUAGAUCAACAUGGUGAGUUAGCAGGAGAUACAAAGAGAGGUAAGACCCUUCAUUUAAUGAAACCAAGGUAUAAUAAUUUUAUUAGAAACAUAUGGCUUCAGCAUAAUGUGUCUAACUAUAUUGUAAGAAAGUUAGACAGUGUUAUGGAUGCUGGUGGUUGGGAUACUUUAUAG